AUGGACUUCAUCUAUCCCCGUAACGACGCCCUUAAGGUCAACCCUCCGGGAGGCCAAUCGCACCUCACUGAUGGAGGCUCCAGUUGGCUCUUCGCCGUCACGGCUCUCUUUACCGUCAGCUUUCUUGUUUAUUUCGCACUGAGCUUCAGGCCGUUCCACGGAGAGAAGGUCUUCCAUUAUCUCUUCACAAUCGCCCUGCUUGUCGGCGCGAUUUCUUACUUCGCUAUGGGAUCGGGACUCGCCUACUCAGUUAUCCCCACGGAGCGCUAUAUGAGAGAUGCCGCGACGUACCAGGUCUUCUUCGCCAAAUACAUCUUUUGGGUUGUCUCAUUUCCAGUAAUCAUUGUAGCGAUUGGUCUCGUCAGCGGCGUGAGCUGGGCCACUAUCUUCUUUAAUAUAUUCCUCUCCUGGAUCUGGGUCGUCUCAUACCUUUGCUCGGCCUACACUGCUACACGGUACAAAUGGGGAUUCUAUAGCUUUGGCACCGUUGCCUACGUGCUACUCGCAGUCCAAACAAUGUGGACGAGCCGCCCCCCGGCAUACCGCUUGGGCAUAGGCCGCGAUCAUACUGGGCUCUCGGGGUUUGUGAACUUGCUUUGGUUCUUGUAUCCCAUUGCGUUCGCUAUCUCGGAUGGCGGCAACGUGAUUGGCGUCACACAGAGCCUCAUUUUCUUCGGCAUUCUCGAUCUGCUCCUCGUGGGAGGCACCGCCUUCAUCUUUCUCUUCCUCGCCCGCAGGUGGGAUUAUGGUCGGAUGAACCUGCACUUCACCCAGUAUGGUCGUGUUGGCUCCCAAACGGACGCCGUGUAUCCUGAGAAGGCCGGCGUCCGCACAACUACGCAAGCAGGUACAACCGCACCAGCGGGCACCACUACAGCCACCCCAGCUACUGCGGCAGUCUAA